AUUAACUUGCCACCAGAUAUGUUUCUUAUUACAAUAUCGGUUUUGACAUUUUCCCUGUAUUACAAUUUAAAAGUAUUUUUCUUUCCUUUAUAAAAGUAAAUAUUUGAUAGUUUGAAUUUGUUUAGAACAAAGAAAAAGGAAAAAAGUAUAUAUUUUUUUUUUUUUGGAGGCGGGAAGUGUCUCUCAACCAAGUUUUGACCGGCGGCGAUGGGAUGCAUUUGCUUCAAGUCUUUGCGGCUAAAACCUCCACCGUCGAUUACAUCAACCGUCGUCGAUAGUCAAGACGAUGACGACGGCGACGACGGACAAUACCCGCUGAUAUUCAGGGAGUUCAGCUUCGAGCAGCUGAGAAUCGCCACCGACGGAUUCUCCCCCGGAAACAUAGUGUCGGAGCACGACGAGUGGGUACCAAACACAGUGUACAAGGGCAAACUCGGCGAUGGUCGUCGGAUCGCCGUCAAACGGUUUCAAAGACUUUCAUGGCCUGAUCCUUUUGAAUUCAUUAAGGAAGCAGAAGCUGUUGGGAGAUUGAGGAGUGAGCAUAUCGCUAAUCUGAUCGGUUAUUGUUCUGAUGACAGCGAGAGACUUCUUGUUGCUGAGUUUAUGCCUAAUUCCACUUUAUCUAACCAUCUCUUUCACUGGGAGAAGAGACCGAUGAAAUGGCAAACACGGUUAAAAGUUGCGCUUCAUACCGCAAAAGCCUUGGAGUAUUGUAAUGACAAUGGCAUUAACUUAUACCAUGAUCUUAAUCCCUAUAGGAUACUCUUUGAUAAGGUGGGCAAUCCUAAACUUUCUUGCUUUGGUCUCAUGAAGAAUAGCCAUGAGGGGAAGAAUCAUAGUACCAACUUAGCAUUUGCUCCACCCGAAUAUUUGCGCCUAGGUACUUUGAUACCGGAGAGCGUCACAUAUAGCUUUGGGACCUUGUUGUUAGAUCUUAUGAGCGGCAGACAUAUUCCUCCAAACCAUGCGCUUGAUUUGUUCCAAACCAAAAACUAUUUGGUGCUAGUGGAUUCAGCAUUGGAUGGUCAGUUCUCUGAUGAAGACAGGACAGAACUAGUGCACAUAGCUUCUCGAUGUUUGAAGACUGAACCCGAGGAGAGGCCAAGUAUAAGGUUUCUCAUGUCAACUCUUUCUAGACUUCAGAGACGAGCUGAGUUAUGGCCAACCAAUGUCAAAAGACUCAUGCCUUCUUCUUCAAACAAAAAGACUAAACCUGCUACAGAGCCACUGCAGUUAACUCCUUUUGGAGAUGCGUGUUUGAGAGCAGAUCUUUGCACCAUGCACGAACUACUCGAGAAACUCGGGUAUGGAGCAGACGAUGAUGUGGUCUCAAACGAGUUCUCAUUCCAAAUGUGGACGGGAGAAAUGCAAGAGAAUAUGGACCACAAGAAUCAUGGAGAUGCAGCUUUUCGUGCUAAAGAUUAUGAUACCGGCAUUGAAUUCUACACAGAGUUCAUGUAUGGAGCUCCUACGGUCUCACCAACAGUUUUGGCAAGACGAUGUCUAUGUUACCUUAUGACUGAAAUGUUCAGUGAGGCUUUAAGCGAUGCGAUGCAAGCGCAAGUAGCUUCACCUGAAUGGCCAAUCCCUCUUUACUUACAAGCUGCUUGUCUCUUCAAGCUCGACAUGGAAGCUGAAGCUAAAGAAGCUCUUAGACAUGGUUCUGCUCUUGAGUCUUAUUAGAAAUUGUGAAAAAUAAUAAUAUAUACGUAUAUUCAGAAAUUGUUAAAUACAAAGACAUGUAACGAACUCAAAUUCUGUGUGAUAUUUUAAUUUUUUUUUUUGGUAAUUUAACUCAAUUAUGAAUCUUUAUGUUUUUGUAUAUCCAAUGGCUUGAUAUGAUUACACUUGUGCAAAAAUCUAAAAUAGGAAUCAAAUUCCAUAUAAGGCAAAAGAAAAAAAAAACAGACAUGUUAAUCAUUGUUAAGGCAAGUUAAGGUGGAAGUACCAUGAGAUUACUAAUGCAGAGACCAUACAUGUUAAAAGGAAGUUAAGAAACCUAUUCGCUCUCCAGAAUCUUCGGUCAUCGGUAUCUACUGUAGCCACCACAGUGGAUGAACUUCCGGCCUCCGCGUCAGCCACAUUGGUCUCAAUCUUUGUUUGAUGAAUCUCAUUGGCAACUUUAGAGAAGUUUAGAGCUAUGGAACGACAAAUCUCGCAAGUCCUGAGAUUUUUAACUUACUAAAUUCUAACAGUGUGGUUCUCAUUGAGAUCAAACGAGAUUGUAAUAUACUUAAGUAUGUAAUAAGUGGUGUACUUUUUUAUUGUAUCCUUGGUCCUUGGGAAUAAAAUGAAGUUCACCAAAAAGAAAAAGCUUUUAAGCUGAUAAGAGCAUCUUUAUCCUAUGAAACCCAUUUGGGGUUUUUACUUUUUUUUUCUGUCUGAUUAAAAAAAAAAAUUUAAAAGACUAAACAAUUGCGGGCCGCCGCUAAAACUCCCCCCCUCAACCCCUGCGGUAAAGAUGCCCUAAGUAAGUAUCAUCGUGUUGUAGUGCGGCUAAGCUUUGAGACCACCGUCUUCACGACACACCCCUCACUGCUCUCUCUUCAAAGGUUAAAAAAUGUUUUUUUUUCCAACUUACCAAUAGUAAGCAAGCCUUUGACAAAAGCCAAGAGGUUGAUGAUCGUCGCCGUUCAUGGACUUGACUGUAAAUAGUUUGGUUGGUUUAAUUGGUCACGUAAAAGACCACGCCCUCUAGAAUUCAGGCCUAUUAAUAAUAUAAAUGAGUCUUACUUAGGUCCACGAAUAAUAAUUAAACCAACAUUCUAAAAUAUUAUUUAAAACAUUAGCUUUGGGGUCGUAACAAAGAAAAAUCCAUACAAAUUUGUUCAUACGACACAUUGUCAUUUCAAACACCAAUUACAUUAGAUGACCAAUGCAGAACUAAUUAACAUAGCGAGUAGAAAUAUUAAAGUUACUACAACGUGAUACUGUCUGAAGCAGAGAUAUUAAAACCAAACCAGUAAAAAGCCGUGGGAAAUUCUAAGAAACAGUACGUAGAUCAUGAAAAUCAACAUCACA